AUGGUAGGAAUACGAGGUCCAAAAUCACCUUUGACUUCAAGCCAUGUUGUCGCUUCUCACAACCCGAUACAGUUGGCUGCAAUCUCCAAUUACAAACUUGCUCAACUUACAUUUGCACCGCCAGAUCUUCAUUCACUCAGAAAGACGGCAGUCAUCAAGAAUAUGAUUGAGGAUGUCUACUCAUCCACACCAGCAGAAUGGCUUCAGCAGAUGACAAGAUGGCAGUACUUUACGCCAGAGUCAUUGGAAGAAAUGACACAGGAAGGCCUGGAAGAGAUAUUUCAACAGUAUGCCCAGACAAUAGAAGCAUUCAGGCCUGUCAAGUCGACUGUAUCCUAUCACUAUGACGACGAUAUAUUCGAUGACGAGGACGAUGGACAAGGAGAUGAUCUCUGGAUUGCGGAGGAUGAGCAAGAUCUACCACUUCCACCUACCAUAUUGCCUUCGCAAUUACUAGAGCAACAGCAGAAAUCACAGCUACAGGAGCAAGAGCAGGAAUCUUGUCAAUCCAAAACCAACUCUGUGGACUCUUCUACUUCUACUAUAUUCUCGCAACCCAAUGCAACCCUCUCCAAUGAAUCCAUCAACAAUGAAAUCCCGGCUCGUGCGCCAUCACCACUGACCGAGAAGCCAUUGCCAGCAAAUCCUGUUGUGCUGGCUGCUGUUGCUGUUGCUGCUGCUACCGAUGAUACAGCCAAACAAGCAAGAAGAAAGAGUGGAUUCGGGGGAAACAAAAAUAGAUUGAGUUGGACAAGUGAUACUGGUAUCACCUCCAGCGUUGUAUCUCAAAACCUAGCAAAUGAGAUUAUGAGUCUGUUUGAUAUGGAUUUUGCUAUCGACAUCAAGGUAGACACAGCACCAAAAUUACCUGAACUACCCUUUAAACCGAGACGUCGAUCACAACAACGUCAAUCACAAGACAUGCUGACCAGUUUGAUACCUGCUUUUGAAAAGAUUGCGCUGGAAAACUCCAUAUACGCUUCCAACGCAGCAGCAACAGCAGCCAACAAGGCCAAACCCAACCUGGUGAUCCGAUCUGUGCCUCAAAGGUCUUCUUCACUGCGACAUAGACAGGAGCUUCAGCUAGAUACCAAAUCGCCACUGUCACCACCAGCAACCCCUUCUGACUCGCCUACAGUAGAAAAAACGCUAUCUAAAAAGAAAUCACUGCUUCGAUUAGCUUCUUUAAUGACAGGCAAAAAGACAUCUUCUCACAAGGAUCUACCCAAUAGCCCUGAACCGUCUCCCAUCACCACCACCGCCAACGGAGCCUACUACCAUGAGUCUCCCACGGUUUCCUUGAGUGGCACAGGAACAGCAACAGCAGGCGUUGUCAAUACCCCGCGAAAAACAAGCACAUCGACUGUUGAUUCUUCCAUGAGCUCCUCAUCCUCCUCUUGGUCAUUUGUGUCUGACAAUGGCGAAUUAAAGAUGGCCAAUUGCCCUCAAAAGCCUCUACCUGAGCCACCCACCUCGCCCCAUUUAGCACCUGCCAAUGGAAGUAAUAGCAGUAGGUCAAAGCGUUCUGCCAAAAAGAAGAGAAAAUCCAUCAUGGAAAAGACAAUGUCAAAACGCAAAAGCAACAAUGCACUUCAGUCCGUGUAUGACACGCCUGCUAUGGCCGCUGGUCCAUCACCAUCAUCACCCGCGACUGACAAGGGGCUGGGUCGAUCCAAGUCUGCUUUUAUCAAGAUUGGCAAUGGGUUGAAAUCAAAGAAACAGCUCAAGCAAAUUAGGAGAACAUCGUCUGCCAAGAACUUUUCAGAAACCAUACCAUCACAACAGCAGCAAGCAUCGCAACCAAGUGUCGGGGACAUUGACACACAUUUCCACUACCACACAUCGUCCGAGGUCAACAUCAUGUAUACAGGCGUAUCAGACGAAACGAUUGUACCUAUCAGCGCUUCACAACAGAGCUUUGUGAAAAGAAUGGCCUCAUUUAAUUGGCGUAUAAAGCCAAAGCAUAAGCAGCAGCAGCAGCAGCAGCAGCAGCAGCAGCCUGUGGAGGUCUAA